UCGUUCCGCCAAAUGCUAAAUCUGAAAUCAGGGAAGAAUAAGAAAAUGGUGAAAAUUGAAAUAUGACAAUUGUUCGUUUCUGAAAUAUAUCAGAAACAAGUAUUAUACAUUUCUCUUGAUAUUAAAUCAUUGAAGGUUUACAAUCAUUAAACGAUAUCUAUCCAUGAGGACGAUAUGUAAGUGAUGAUAUCAAACAACUCGUCUUAUAAGCUUCGAGCCUCUAGAAGCUCCAGAGAGGUUCAAGAUUAUGAAUAUGGCAAUUCAGAUGAUAACUAUGAUAAUAUAGUUGAAGAGUCAAAUGAUACUAACAAGAGAAAUACUAACUUCUUAAGAGAUACUCGUAGCAAUAAAGGAAUUGGAAGAACCAGAUCCACUGAAUUUAGGUCCAAAGCCAGUGACCGAAGAGGAUAUAGAAGUAAAGGAUUAGGUCCACCUAGUCGGAAGAGUGAUAGAGAUUAUUCAGACACUUUCUACAACAUAAGGAAGUAUGAUGCUAAAAAUUCAGAAUCAGUGGGAAGCACUCGGAGCAAAUUUUAUGAACCUGAGAAGAAAACGGAGAUCAAAUUAAAUCUUCCUGAAGAUACAAGAAUCUCAAAACUCCUGCGUAGAUUGAGCAAUGAAACUGAUCAAGACAACUCAUUAGCUAUAUCUAAAAAGUUGCUGGAGGUUUUACUUAUACCUGACAAUGCAUACUAUAUACGUAAAGCUUUUCAUAUUCUCGGUGAAUCUAUGUUUGAAAUUCUCCAUGUUUCUCCUGGUCCUAUGGCCAAAAAGGAAGCGGCAAGGGCUUUGGGUAGAAUGGGUUACAUAAUGGGCCAGGAAAAUGAUUACGAACGAUUCCUGAAUUGGCUAUUUAAUAAAAUGAAUAACAGUUACGAUGAAAUUCAAAUACUAUUGAUGAAGAGUAUUCAAGAAACAUUCAAACUUGAGGAGGAAAAACCUGUUUUGCAAGGCUAUAUUGAGAGCAUAAUUAAUAAUUUAGUAACGGCUAUAGAAUCAAUCGAAAAUGCAGAUGUUUUCAAAGCUAUUUUGGAAGUGCUAGUUACGAUAGUUGAAAUGUAUCAAACUGAAUUUUAUGAUCAGUUUCGUGAUACUAUAGAUUUACUUUUUGGUUGGCAUGUAGAUCACACUCAACCUUUAGGAAACAUCGAAUUCAUAUCAAAAAGUUUACAGAGAAUCUCCCAUCAUUUCAAGUAUAAUGUUGAAUUUUCUGUUCAACUUAUUGAAAAUUUUUUGGAGGACAUUUCAAACUAUGCAGCUCAGCUUGUUGAAACUGGUGAUUUGAGUUCACUGGAACAUGUUACAGUGCUUAUAUUAGCUAUGAAUACAGUUUUAAAAUGCCUGGGAACAUCCUUCCAUCCCACAAAUAAUAAAAUUGUGAAAGUGGAAUUUAUCAACUCCACCUUAGCCAAAAUAAUAGGAACAGUAACUGAAACAUUAGAAUCUUAUGUGCCAGAUAACUUAACGAUUGCUGGAAAUGAUUGCAUUUCUAUUCUACUUGGAUACCUUGACAACAAAUCUCAAAAUCUUUGCCAUCUUAUUUACAAACUUAUUGACUUGGAGAUUUCAAUGUUACAAGAUCUUUCUGAAUCAACGAUCAUAUCUUUACUUGUUUUCAUUUCAAAAGCUGUAAAAGAACUUUCUGCUAAUUUACCAUUGGAACUGAUUGAAAAACUGAUUGGACCCAAAUCAGAAGUACUCAAAUUACGAUACUCACCUUUCAAAAACAUACAAGAUGCUGUGAUUUGCGUAUAUCAAGCAUUGCUGAACUUGAAGAACGUUUCAUUGCUACAAGAGGCUUACCGUUACGUUUUGGGAGAUCUUGAAAUGGGAUACAAGAAAAUAGUGCCAGAUAUUCAAUCUUUCACACAGAGUAACCCUUUUGCGGAAUAUAUAGGUCAGGAUGCUGAACAUACUGUUUUAUUUCUUUUGAGAUGUUUAUCACAAUUAGCAAAUGCGAGCUCUAUUAUUGUGAUGUGGGCAUUGAAACCCAGCAUUUUGGAGUUAGUUGGAAUACAUAUGAUACCAUUUGACCAGAAUUUGGCUAGCAAAUCCCCUGCAUUGCAAUAUUGCCUGAUUUAUUUAUUGUUUUCACACUGUAAAUGCUAUAAUUAUUUCAUUUCAAACAGCAGUCUGGUCAAUAACAAACAGGAAAUCACAAACCUGAAAAAUAGGUUUGCAUUAACAGAAGGACUGAACAUUAAUGAUGUACCCAACACUUCUCCAAAUUCUGGCAACUUUGCCAUAAUUCUCGAUGUAUUACAUAAAUCGCUUUGCACUAAUACCUCAGCAGACGUAACGUUGCUCCUCCUUCAGUGGUUGAAUGAUGUUCUCAACAAUUCUGAAAUGUAUCUGGAAAAUUUAUAUAUUAAUGAAAAGUUCUUGAAACUUGUUGAUGCUCUGGUUCAUUGCGGAUAUAAUUUCAAUGAGAAAAUUGUAUUAUCUGUCCAUUACAAUCUAGACAAACUGCUAUCAAAUAAGCAACUGUCUUGGUCAAAUCUAUUUCUGGCAUGCGUAAGUGAUUUGUGUAAACUUCACAUGAACUCAAAUAAACAACUUAUAAGAGAAUGUUACUCAAGACUAUCAUCGAACAUACCAUGGGACAUAGCCAUAGUUGAACUGAAUAGUAUUAAUUCAAUUUACACCAUGAAAACAAAGAGCACAACCUUGAAAGACUACAACAAUUACAACGUAUAUUUAGCUCAGCAUUUGCAUUUGAAUGGAACAGUAGAUGGUGAAAUUUACCCCUUACAUUUCAAAACUUUGAUGAGCUAUUUGCUAAAAAAUGAACCUUUGGAUUCUACGUGGAUGGAAGAUAUUUUCACUUGUUGUUGGGCUAUUGAAUCUGAACCUCAAAUGAAUAUGGAACUGUUUUAUGAAUUAGCUCUCAACAACAGACAAGUUUUGUAUAAUUGGAUUACACUGGAAGCAGCAGAGUUCUGUGUGAAUUAUAAACUAAGGACUCCUUUAGGGAAGCCAAAUGAGACGUUCAUGAAAAUUGAAGGAGCGCUAAAUCAAUUGGGAAAUGAUUUAAUUACCGUGAAGAAAGUUGACAGGAAAGCUGAUAAUGUGCCAAUGGGAAACCGAGUAAGAAUGUUACUCAGAUUUGUAGAACACUUAGAAAAAUCUAUCUACAAUGCAUCAGAAGGUUGCGCGAUUGCUAUGGUUCCCGCCUCAAAAGUAGUCCGAUCAUUUUUCAUUGCAAAUAUGAAUACUUGCAAUGAGUGGUUCUGCAGAAUCCGAAUUGUUAUAAUGCACAUUGCUCUUCACUGUGGCGAAGUGAAUAUAGCACUUCGAAAUGGACAAUGCUUCCUGAAAGACUAUGUUUCUUUGGGUAAAACAAAUAAUGUAGAAUUUGAGAGGGUUGCAAUGAUCAUAACAUUAGCAUAUUUGCAUUUGAAAGAACCAGAGGCAUUGUACGGUUUGUACACCUGGUGUAAAACGACGACAGGAAAACGUUACUCUUGGAUUAAGUGUGCAGCAGAACAGGCCUCAAAAAAAUACGAAUUAGCCGUAGAAGGUUACAAAAAUAUUUUGGAAGAGAGAGGAGAUAGUGAAUCAAUAGAUAAAUACAAAAAACUCGAUGUGGAUAUACAAAAUUUUAUCAUGGAUCAAAUUAUUAUUUGUUAUAAAGAAUUGAGUAACUGGAUCGACUUAUUUGACUGGCAUUCUAAACAGGGAAAUAUUGAAAAUGGUAGAAAAUACUGGUUCAAUGUUACGGAUUGGGAAUGUAAUAAAGUCUUGUGUGAAAUGGAGUCAAAAAAUUUGGCGUUCACUGAACUAGCAACUUGGAACAAUGAAGAAAAUUCUAAUGCAUGGAGCAUUUAUGAAAAAUUAUCCAACACAGAAAGCAAUUUGUACAACAUAGCGCUGAAACUAGCCAUCAGUAAAGAUGACCAUUGUAUUUUGAAAAUUGAUGAAAACAUGUUGAUUAUCCAAAAUACUAUUGAAGAUUACUUACAUCUGGCUCCUUCAACUUUCCUACAAAACUAUUCGCUUCUACACUAUGUAGCAAAUGGUCUGAAACAUGUAGCCCAGGAGCGUUUAGCUAAUACGGUGUUCUUGGUAUCAGAAAAUUUUGAAAACGAAAUCCCCAAAAUAGAGUCUUCUAUCCUGAGGAAGAUUCUUUGGUGGUCUGAAUAUUUUGGAAAGGUGCAGAACCAAGGAUUCAAUAUAUUCUGCAGUAACUUACGCUUGGACAUCAUUAAGAGAGCUAGAAAGGAAAAGAAUUUUAGCAUGGCCAUUAAUCAUAUCCAUAAAUUUUUUAGAGAUAAAGACUUGCUAGUUGGACCACAGAAUAGUUUAACUGAUGUAGCAAAUUUGGUAAUUUUGAAGGUACAAGACACUGCUGUAUGGACAGUCGAUAUUGCCAGAGCUAUUUUUGAAAUUAUUAAAGUAUCUUAUGCUCAUGAGCAAGACUGUAACCAGACUUUCAAUUUGUGUGCUGUUGCUUCUACUGCAAUAUCAAAAAAUGCAGAACUGUAUGGUGUCAAUGAAUUACGCAAGAUAAGUAGCAAAAUUCUGUUGAAAUUGACUAAUUGGAUGCAAACAAAUGAAAAUGUAUCUUUGAUGGAUAUGUCUAGUCCCUUAGGAAAACUAAUCAUGGUAUUGCCAGAAAUUGGGAUGGUGGAAAAUGUAGCUUCUAAUAUUAUACCAAUGAACGAGAUUGCUAUAGGAAAACUAUUGCAAUUUAGUGUUCACCACUAUGGUAGCUUGGCCAAGAGCUGGAACAUUUUUGGCACUUGGUGUUACCGUUGGGGUAAAAAAAUCGUUGAUCACAGUAGCGAUAUCAAAAAUAACUUGAGUGAAGAUCAUUGUAUGGAAAUUAAAAGCCUGUUACCACCGAAUACUGCAGAAAAUGACUUAACCAAAAUAUUCCUUAUUUUAUCACAAACUAGAAACAUAAUUGACGAAGAAGACAUUGACUUGAACGAGAUCAAAACUUCGGAAAUGAUACAGUCACAGUUGAAGUCUGUCAAAGUUUUACAUAAUGCUUCAGAUCAUCAACUGCUGAGCUUGGUGCAAAUUUGGAGAAGUACUCAGAAAAGAAUUUACCAUUAUUAUGCGCUCAGUGCAGAUGCCUACUUCAAGUACUUACAUUUAGUCUUACAAUCGGAGAACAUAACAAAAAGUACAGAAUGCAGUACUAUUACAGUUACUCUUAGACUUCUUAGGUUGAUAGUCAAGUAUGCUCUUGAAUUACAGAGUAUUUUGGAGGAGGGACUGCAAGCUACUCCAACCCAACCUUGGAAAGCCAUUAUUCCUCAACUAUUUUCAAGACUAAACCACCCUGAAAGUUAUGUACGACACAGAGUGUCUGAUCUAUUGUGCAGAAUAGCUGAAGACGCACCUCACCUUAUUACCUUUCCUGCUGUUGUAGGAGCCCUUGAAGGUGGCUUGAAAUUUGACUUCUCAGAAAUAACUUUACCCAAAGAUUGUUUGUCACAAAAUAACGAAUCAUGCGAAGAUAACGAACCCAUUGAAGAAGACGAUAACAAUUAUGAGAGCGAUAAUGAAGGACAAUCCAAUAGUUUGCAAAUCUGCUUCAAAACUAUGGUGGAUACUUUGAGCAAACAGGAUCCUGAAACAAUUUCUCAGGUUCAAACAUUGGUCAAAGAACUUAGGAGGAUCACUUUACUCUGGGAUGAAUUGUGGUUGGGUACUCUUGCUCAGCACCAGUCCGAGAUUACUAAAAGACAACACCAAUUAGAAUAUGAAAUCGAAAAGGUAAAUGAGAAUAUCAGUUUAGACAAAGAGGAAAAGGCUUCUUUGAUCAUUGAGAAACAUCGAAUUAUCAUUAAACCUCUUAUAUUCAUUUUGGAACAACUUCUGGAUGUCACAAGUGUUGAGGCUGAAACUCCACAUGAAAAACAAUUUCAAGAAAAAUAUUUGGAUGAUAUAAUAAGUGUCAUAGCGAAGCUGAAAAGUCCUGAUAACCCAGAAAACCCGCAGGAGUCCCUGCAACCACUGAAAUACAUACAAAAGAAAUUCCAACAAAAGUUCCACAAAAGAGCUUCCUAUUCAUUGAAAAUGCAAGACAUCAGUCCUGUACUGUAUUCCAUGAAAGAUACAGUAAUUGCCAUGCCUGGUUUGGCCCUAACAAAGAACAUCACAGUGUCACAUGUUUCUAACCUAGUAUCUGUUCUACCUACUAAAACUAAGCCUAAGAAACUGAUGUUUCAGGGAUCAGAUGGACAAAAUUAUACAUAUUUGUUCAAAGGAUUGGAAGAUUUACAUUUAGAUGAAAGAAUCAUGCAGUUUCUGAGCAUAACCAACACCAUGAUGGCACAGAUUGCUGAUCCAUCUGGUCCUAACUUCUACCAAGCCCAACAUUAUUCAGUAAUACCUCUGGGCCCUAGAUCAGGCUUAAUAUCAUGGGUAGAUGGUACGACACCCGUUUUUUCAUUGUACAAACGGUGGCAACAGAGAGAAAUAGUUAAACCAAGCUCUAAAACUGCAGCAGGUGUUAAUGCAAGUGUGUUGAGACCAUCAGAACUCUUCUACAAUAAACUCAACCCACUGUUGCGUGAGCAUGGUGUUAAAAACAUUGAUAAUCGUAAAGAGUGGCCAAUCAGUGUCCUGAAACAAGUAUUGACAGAACUUAUGAACGAAACUCCUAGUGAUUUGCUUUCAAAAGAAUUCUGGUGUAACUCGAUAAGUGCUGACGUUUGGUGGCAAGUGGUUAAACGUUAUUCUUAUUCGGUUGCAGUAAUGAGUAUAAUCGGUUACAUUAUUGGACUCGGAGACAGACAUUUGGACAAUGUUUUGGUUGAUUUGACGAGUGGAGAUGUAGUUCACAUAGACUAUAAUGUAUGUUUCGAAAAAGGAAAAACUCUACGAGUACCCGAAAAGGUUCCAUUCAGAUUGACACCCAACAUCAAAGAGGCUUUGGGAGUUACUGGGGUGGAGGGUAUCUUCCGUUUGGCAUGCGAAAAUGUGUUGAAAACGAUGAGGAAAGGAAGGGAAACUCUUUUGACCUUAUUGGAGGCUUUCGUUUAUGACCCUUUGAUAGAUUGGACUGUCAGCGGCGAAGUAUUAGCUGGGACCACUUUUGGAGGAAUGACCACAGAUAAUAGUUCCAAACAGACCAAGAAAGAAUUGGAAAAAGAAGUAGUGUUGUCCAUGUUCAAUGUUAGGUGUACCGAGAUGAAAGCAGAAUGGAAUGAAAAUAAAGAGGAAAUACUCAACGAGAUUCCCAUCCUAGAAAAAGGUUUAGAUGCUUACUUAGAGCUCAAUAUUGAGAUAUCCAAAAUGGAAGAUGAACUACAAGAUCUUCACCAACAAUUAGCUCUCGUGAAAGAAGCGGAAGCUCAAGGACAUGGUCACUCCUUGUAUGUCUUGCCAUCGCUUUAUGAUACUUAUCAUAAGAAUCAAUUAACCGUGAAUAUCGCUCGAAAAGAUUUGAGUGGAAUUGUUGAGGAUUGCGAGAGGCAUAUUGAAAUAUACAACAACCUCCUAGCAUCUUACGAAAGGCAGCAAUUCUCUCAGUGGUUGGUCGAUAUUAAAACAGUUUCCACCGAGGAUAAUAUGCGAAUUUUUGAUUUGGUGAAGGAAUUCUUGCACAAUGCUGGUAAAGAUGAUGUUGUAGCUAAUUGUGAACAGUCGGAGCAAGAGGUUUUUCAGUUGUCCCAGCACAUAAACCUUGUGUUGAGGAAGUGUAUACAGAUUUACCAAGAUUACUUUUCGAUCAUAGUGCAAUGCCCAAAAUCUUACCUUGAAUCUCACAGAAUGUAUUUGUACUUGAAGUGGUCUAAGUUUCUCUUAGAAACCAACAGUUACAAGAGCUGUGAAGUCGUUUAUGAGAAUAUAAGAGAGUUUCUAGAGUCCACUAAAAUAAUCAAUCCUCAAGUCGUUACAGUGGCAUUCAACCUCGAUACUCUUUACAAAGAGAACCUGAUGCAAGUCAAUAAGCUGUUCGAUGAGUUGGGUGCUAUUAGAUCAAAUAAAAACACUACACCUUUGGAGAUAGUUUACAACAAUGCUAAGGUGGGCAUGAACACGUUUCUCAACUCUGAAAAGGGCGCUGUACCCGCCUUGCAGUUUGUCAUCGCCAGUGAAUUGAUUCUUCUAAAUAGAAACUUGUUGACUCUUGAAAUUGCUGCUCAGCGUAGCGGCAAUUGGCUAAUUAAUUUAACUUCUCGAGAUGGCGAUUGGUUCUUGGAUGACCUUUUGCUCCACAGUACCAGAGCCGUCGAAAUGGUAAGCAACCUGCCGCCCAAACAAGACUAUGACGAAAACUUCUGUAAAAUUCUGAACGGUAUUAGAAUAGCAAGUAAUAUCUACAAAGGAUUGUUUGAACUCAAUUUCAACUUCCAUACCAUAAUUCUGCCAGAAUCUAUCAAAAAGAUUCAUUGUGAAGAACCUUCGGUAAUCGACAUGAUCACAGACUUGAAUAGAGUGAUACUAGAUGUUGGAAUCUCUAUACCAGACAUGAUUGGCCAGUUGGAGAAACUACUAACGUGCGUUCUCAUGCAAAUGGAUUAUGACACAACAUACGACUAUGUUUUAGAGCGAGUUUCAUACACCAAACUUCAAUAUCUGACACUGAUACCAUCUCAGUCAGAAUCACUGAGCCAAGGAAAAAUGCUUCUGAUGGGUUUCAAUGGACUUUUUGAUAAAUUAACCCAAGAAAUCAAUAAUGUAACCAAUACGUUGGGAAACGUAGAUAUUCCAAAGUCGUGGAAAAGACUAGAUCAUGUAAAAGAGGCUAGAAACAUAGCGCCUCAUAUAUUUAACACACAAGUUCGAAGUAUAUUAGAAGACAUAUUCUUUCUGAAAAGACUCAGAUCCAUAGUUGAGUUUUUCUCAUUAGCUCAGGAUAUAUGCAAAUCUUUGAAAGGCAUUGGUACAGGGAUUAUUUACAAUGACGAACAACUGACUAAACCUAUCAAACAGUACAUAGCAGAGUUCAUUUCCAGAAAGUUAUUAGGAAUAUUACCUGAAGCGAUAACGUAUGCAGUGUGUUUUCUCUUACAGAAUUUGGGGUUAGAUGUCACUCACGAAAUUGAACAAAAAGAUAUUGGGGCUGAAAGUAAAGUUCCUUUGGAUGAAUUAUACUCUAAAUCUUGGAAUAUUCUACUGAAAGAUGGAACUUUCUCUCAAAACGUGCUGUCACAAGCAUCCAGUUUGGAAACAAAUUUGAAACUAGCAUGGGAAAAGAUACAAGAACCGAAAAAAAUUGAACAGAAACUUAACAUAUUGCAGUCUAGUACGCUAAGAUUACAGAGCCACCUAGCAGUUCAUAACAUGAUGUUUGAUGAGGUUCUGCAGUUGCAAAACUUCACGUCAAUCAGAGCCAAGUUUAUCAUGGAUAUCCAAAACGAAAUGGGGACUUUGAAAAAUAUUUAUCGUCAAUUAGUCGAGGCCAACAAUAAUCAACAAAAAUUGAUUGAGAAAGCUGACCAACGAUUGAAUUGGGCAAAGGGAGCCAAUCCUAAUGUGAUCGAAAUUUCAGCAGCUUUCCAAAGUGCCAUAGAAAAUAGGAAUAGACAGUUGAAUUUGGAAUUGAAAAUCGCGAGUAGUAUUUUAUCGUCAUACAGCACGAUACUGAAACAUGAAUUUUUCAGGAGCUUGUCUGCAGAACCUACCAAGGAAUAUGAUAAAUUGUUUUUGAAAUGUUUUGAAGGUUGGAGGUUAUCCUGUCAGUACAUAGAUGCUAAAAUCGAUUCUCUUACACCUCCAGAAGAAAGUCUCUUAAAAAUGCUUACUCCUGAAAUAGUCAACGAUCCGAAGUGGUUACACAGAAUAUCGGAGAUCUUAACUGAUAUCAUAACGGUGGCUCAAAAAAAACUGAAGGAUAAUAGAACUGCAAGUUUUACAGAUAAUGAUGGUCUGAUGUCUCUUAUGGAUAAUUUCAAAACAAUUUACAACACUCAUUGUAGGCUUUACUUUGACGUAAAAGUUUUGAUAAAAUCUAUGACUAAAAUUGAGGACUAUAGUAUUCCUACCCAACAUUUCUUACAGGAAUACCGACAAUAUACUGAUAAUUUUUCAAUGUUAUUUUCUAAAUUCAAAAAGGAAAUUAAUAAAGAGGAAGUAAAAGAACUUUUGAACCAUAUGAAUUAUAUUAGAGAACACACUUCGGCAAUUUAUGAGGGUUUGUUGAAUUUAGAGUCAGCCAAGAAGAGGGCCCAGUUGAGUAGGCAGAAAGCCAUAGAAAUCCCCGACAAGGCUAUACCACAGAAACAAGAGAGUACUUCGAAGGGACAACAAAGCAAUGCUUAUGCAAUGAAAGUGUGGCGUAGAGUUAAGAUGAAGUUGGAAGGAAGAGAUCCUGAUCCAGGCAGAAAGAGCACCGUUCAAGAACAGGUGGACUAUGUAUUCCACGAGGCAACCAACUUGGACAACCUAGCUUUGCUAUAUGAAGGUUGGACUCCAUGGGUGUGAGAAGCAACCGAAUGGGCAGUAAGGCUGCCACCUGGGUCUCCUUCAGUUCUAGUAGAGCGCGCCAACAUAUGAGUUGCGGCAAGUGGAAAAAGCAGCAUCGUCAUCUCACAUUACUUGCUUUCAGAUCAAGUUGCUUAGUUUUAUUGUUUUUGCAAGAAAUCACGACACUAGUCUUAUUGAAGAUGGGCUGAAAAAUUUAUAGAAAAUGACUUUGCAAUAUCAGUAAAACUUUGCCGUUUGCAACAUAGCAAAAUGUUCCAGUAAAUGCUGCUUUUCAUUUUAUUAUCAAAGGUAUUGUCAGAAUUGGCAAAUUAAAUAAAAAUAAAUAAAAAAGCUGUCAAGAUUGGCAGGUUAAGUGUGAAACUGAAAUUUAUUACCUGAAAGAUGAGAGGUAACUGCCAUUUCUCAAUUUAUAUUAGAUAGUUCUUACUUGGAUUCACCUUCAUAUCAAUGAAUAAAUAUUUCAUGAAAUCCAAAAUUAAGACAAAUCAAAUAUUUUUCACUCAAGUUGUUGAACAAAAUCAUUUCAUUACUGUAAUACCACAUUAAACAUUAAAGAAUUUUCAAACAAAAAUUAAUGCCUAUCGGUUCUCUCACAAUAUCUUUAAAUUUGUUAUUACAAUAUCAUUUGUUUUCGGUAAUUAUUUAACUAUUUGAAAUCCUAAUUGGACUCGAUUGAAAGUAUGUAUAUGGUCAACUGUAAUUCUUCUUUUCUAUUCUAAACCUCUCACUUCUAUCGAUAUAUUUGAUUUACCUAUCUCUUAGACCCGAUGGACACGGUCAUACAAUAAAAAGCACCUCAAUGGCGACUGCCAUUGUUGAAAUAUAUUGACUCUAAUGAACCAACGCCUUCGCUCAUACAGCUCAACGCAUAUCAUAUUAUGCAUUGUAGAAAUGCAUCUCUAAUGAGCCAAUGCAGGUGAACAUCGCAUACGCAUGUCUUUUUGUCAUUGCGACAAUGACUGUUGCAACACAUAAUUUGCAGUGUGUUGAAUUGUACGCCCAUGUGCAUCAAGUCCUAAUGGAAAUUGUAAAGACUAUACAGUCUGACCCAAAUCAAGCACGCAAUAUUGAUAAUUGUGUUAUUAUUGGAGAUACAAUAUCGUUUAAAUUUUUUUUUACACUGAUUAAGGUAGAAGAAACAAAAAAUCAAUUGAAUAACACCUUUUUGACUAUAUAUAUUUUCUUCUAGUGGGAAGUGGUAUUCUGAUAAAAGAAUACACAUUUUUUGUAAAGUAUGGGCAGAAAUGAAAAUGAAUAUCAAUUCCGUUGUCAUUAUUGUAUAAUGUCUUCUUAGUAAAUGUUAAUGUAUAAUGUCUCUUUAGUGAAUGUUCAAAGACGUCACAUGUUUCUUCAAUAUAUUUUUGUGCAUAUUUUGAAGUGCUUGAAGACUUUUCAACACGUUCCUAUCUUCGAUAUCCUUGAACUUUUCAGUUAUUAACAGUUGCUAAGUAUUGAAAGCAUUUAGUUGCUUAGAGAUUUAUUAUUUUCAUAUACUGUAUAUUUAAACAUAUACUGAGAAGAGAUUCAACAAAUUGUUACAUAUUAAUUCGAACUGAAGUUCAUAUUUAAUCUAUCCCUUAAAGAUGAUAGUUUUUUUAAUUUACCAAUGGUGAGACCUUAAUUUGAAUUGAACUAUAUAUAAUGAAAACUAAUUUUAAUUACAACCCACAAUAUAAUUUUUGGUGUGAAAAGAACAUUUGAAUUUAUUAUUCAUUAAAUGCUCUUUCGCUAUAAAAGUAAUGUUGAAAUUAAUAAUUGAAAAAUAUAUUUUGCUUUAACUGUUAGUAACUGUAAACCUGAAAAUUGCAAAUAAAACCCCUUUUCUCAAAAUUUUGAGACAUACUUUAUAAAUAGAAUGUUGAAUUCAAAGUGACAAUUUAGUAUUUUUUUUAAUUUACAUUAUCCAAUGAAUAUGUAUCUAUCUAGAAGUUGAUUCUUAACACUGGAUUCUAAAAAGACACGAAAAUAAUUGAUUUUCCAGGUUAUCGAGAAAUAAAAAUGUGAUAAGUACACUGUUCUCUUUUUUGACAGAAGUUUGUGAGGCUUCACAAAAUGUUUUUAAAUUUGUACCUGUUUUUUCUUUUGCUGAAAUAUAUGUUUGAGAUUUUUAAUACUGGGAGACAAAGUAGAUUUUGAUAAACAGGUGAAUUUAAGUAAUAAGGCAAUCUGUAUGUGACUGAGUUAAUUGGUUAAUGUAUUUCAUGACACAGGCAGUUCGUGACACACAAAAAUAUUGUUCCUGGGGUCGAGUUCGAAUGUGUUGAAGAUAAGUGAUUGAAAAAACAUUUUAUUUAAAAUAUAUUGACAGAGAAAUAUUUAUCAGGUGAACGAAAUGCAAAUUAUCAUAUCUUUUGAACACUUGGCUCUUUCUUGAAUUGUAACCAUAUCUUUUUUGAAUUGAAUAUCGAUUUUGUCUUGUGUGAAGUUGGUUGUUUGUUAACUUAUAAUUGGUAAGUUGUCAGGCUUUUUUUAUUUGAAAUAUGUUGUGUACACUAUUUGCUCAGAUUUAUAUUACUGUUGAAACUUAUAUUUACAAAAAACUAAUAUUUAUUAUGAUUACAUUAUGACUGAAGAAACACAUUUGUUUUCAAAUCCUUCAUAACAAAACUGCAAAUCAAAGUAAAUUUCAAUGAGUGAGUUUUUUUAGUAGAGGAGAAAACAAUCACAACCCUAAUAAAGUUUUACUAACUUUAAAUAUAUUUCACAAUUUUGAACUCAAACCACAUCGCCAUUUCACUACUUUUGAAGUUCUGAAUGUGCCAAAAACGUUUGUAAAUAGUAUUUUUGUGAAUUUCUGAACUGCUGAAGAACAACGUGUAUUACCGUUAACUGUUACAACAAUGAUAUAGAUGUCAUAGUAAGUUAGAACAUAUUUUUAGAUGUUCAAUCAAAUAUUCAUCUAUUCAGUGAAAAUAAAACCAACAUAACUAUUUAUUGUUUUUAUGUAAUUACUGUUUCAAUUAAAAUUUAGGAUAUUUUAUUUUAGUAGUUGAUUUUCUGGAAAUUGUCAUGAACAUUUUCAUUCAAAAAUAUGAAUAAAUCAAGAUAGUAUUAUAUUUCAGCUGCUGUAGAAGAUGGUAAUUUCUGUAGAUCAUUAUAUAUGUUCAUUACUGUUUCCUGUUUUUCUUUUCAAAUAUAGAAUUGCCUGUA